CACGCACACUCUUUGUCCACUUUCUAACAUGCAUGUACUUGUUGUCAUGACCAUGGCUAUGGUCAUGGUCUCUCUCAUGGCUUGCUGUGCCCAUGGACAGUUCCUCGCUGCCAUCCCGCAUGCCAUCUCCUCGCUCCCUCCGACCGUCGACACGCUGAGCAUGACACUGCCGAAGCUUGACAUCCAUGCAUCUCUGCCUGGAUUUGCACUUGCGUCGUCGUCUUUGUCUUUGUCUGUUGCUGCUGGUACCGGCGGUUCGUUCCUUCCUUCGAACGCCAUUAUUCUCUCCAACUCGCCCUCGCUCUACCUUGCACCUGAGCCGCGUCGUCUCCUUGUUGUCCUCGAGCAGAUGCAGCUGUCUUCUACUGGUGAUCAUCGCAGCUGGGCCCAUCGCGUGCGGAAGGCUGUCGGCGUGAAGGAAAUCUACGCUCGGGGGCCGAACGUUGUGUAUGACAUGCCGGUUGAGGCGUACGAGGACUUUGCCGCCAAGAUCGGCGCGGCUGACGUCGACGCGCAUCUGCUGCCGAUGCCGGCACAGCCGCUGGUGGCGGUCUCGGCCAACGCGACCGCGCGAGUGGCGCGGAUUCGCGAUACUGUCCGCGCGCUGCAGAACCCCAACCCGAUCAUUUCUACGCUCGCCGCGCGUGUCUCGCCGACCAACAUCAGGUCAACGCUCGAGUACAUCACCGGGGUGACGUCGUCGAUCACGACACGCAACUCGCUCUCGCUCGGGGCUGAGGAGGCCGCGACCUGGCUGCGGACCCAGCUCGAGACGCUCGGCUACGAUGUUGAGGUCCAGCACUUCAAGUCGGGCUACGCGCCCAACGUCAUCGGCACCCUGCCUGGGCGGUUCGAGACGACCUCGGUGGUUGUCGGCGCGCACUACGACUCGCGGUCAAAGGAUCUUUACUCCAAGACCAACCCGGCCCCGGGUGCCGACGACAACGGGUCUGGCACGGCGUCGAUGCUCGAGCUCGCGCGCGUGCUCGCCACCUCGGGCGUCAACUAUGACUACACCGUCCGCAUUGGCUUCUGGGCCGGCGAGGAGCAAGGUCUGCUCGGCUCCAAGGCGUACGCCAAAAAGUGCCGCGACGCCGACCUCGACAUCAUUGCGUACAUCAACUCGGAUAUGGUCGCCUAUCGGCCGUCAGCCAACGCCGUCCAGCUGGCGCUCAUGGAGCGCGACUCGUCGACCCUUCUCAACGACGCGCUCUUUGCCAUCAUGGAGCUCUACGAGCCGUCGCUCCGCACCUGCUUUUCACCAGCAUGCUGCUCAGACCACGCCUCGUUCAACGGACAGGGCUACCUCGCCACUGGCGUGUUUGAGAACUGCGGGCCGAUCCUUGACCCCAUGUACCACAACCAGGGCGACGUUGUUGACCGUCCCGGCUUUGACAUUGACGGCGAGCUCGCUACCGCCUGCCGCGCCAUCGUUGCCGCCACGCUCUCAUUUGCCGGCAUCGACCCCACGCUCUAA